UAACCCUCUCACAGUCCUCAACUUGGCCUCCAUUCCCUUAUUUAAGUAAAGCCCCAUUUCCCCUCUUUGUACUAAGAAGCUCUUACCGCACAAUCUUCUCUCUCUCUCUCUCUCUCUCUAUAUAUAUAUAUAUAUCAAUGGCUAUUCAAGUAUUCUCCAUUGUUUCUCUUCUACUCUUAUUCUCUUUCGAUUUAUGCCUCUGCGGCACUUCUGGUGACUGUGUUGGGUUGGGUUUCCAUCCUAUGUGGUGGAAGGCCCAAAACAUUUAGUAAGCCCAUGUGAAUUCCAAAGCCCACAUGGAGAGGUUAUGUUUUUUGACAAGAUCUGGCCCAUAAGUUUAGGAUUACAAACCCUUUCUCUACACAAAAAGAGACGUAGAAGCUGCCACCAAAACAGAGAGGAGAGGAGAAAUUCUGUCCAUCAGUGAUCAAGCUAUCCGAUCAACAAGAAUCUGUGGUCCGAUUGAGCUGAAAUUUGGUAGGCGAGUUCACAACUCAAGACUCUAAAUUCUGGACGGUGGAGAUCAGAUUUGGAGUUUUAUACUGCUGGUUUUUGGCCCGUGAACAGUACUGUUUUUCGUGAGUUUUUUCCUAAACUUUGUAGUUUGAUCUUUGGUUGCCAAGGAAGCUUAUUUGUAAGUUGUUCUUGAUUGUUUGCCUCUAGUUCUAUCUAGAGAGCUCUUGUAUACCCAUUAUUUGUUUAUAGUGGAGAUAUUUGGUGGACUACGGUCCCGUGGUUUUUUCUUUCCACAUCGGGAAGGUUUUCCACGUUAAAAAUUGCUAUCGCCUUAUUGUGUGAUUGUUUGAUCAUUGUUUUCAGAUUAUUUUCAGAAUAUAUUGUGCUCUAUUAAAUUGUUUCCUAAUAGGUUCACACAAAGAGGGAGAAUAAACACUUCCGCUAUUUUUGUGCCGGAUUCGGAUAUUUCAAAUUUGGUUUUUUGUUUUGUUUUCUCCCAACACUAUGGAGGGUGGCAAGGUGGUCAUGCCGCUUUCUAUGGUGGGGGUGAUGCAUCUGGCACAAUGGGAGGUGCAUGUGGGUAUGGCAAUUUGUAUAGCCAAGGCUAUGGCACUAACACCGCAGCACUAAGCACUGCUCUAUUCAACAAUGGCUUGAGUUGCGGGGCAUGCUAUCAGAUCAAAUGCAACAGUGACCCACAAUGGUGCCUCCCUGGGACCAUCACUGUGACUGCUACAAACUUUUGUCCACCUAACCCUUCUCAAUCUAAUGACAAUGGCGGGUGGUGCAACCCUCCCCUCCAACACUUUGAUCUAGCAGAGCCUGCUUUCUUGCAAAUUGCUCAAUACAGAUUGUUCCAGUAUCUUUUCAAAGGUGCCCUGUGUGAAGAAAUGAGGAAUAAGAUUUACAAUCAAUGGCCACUCUUACUUCAACCUGGUCUUGGUUAGCAAUGUUGGCGGUGCAGGGGACGUCCAUUCAGUGUCGAUCAAGGGGUCCAAAACAGAGUGGCAACCCAUGUCAAGGAAUUGGGGUCAAAACUGGCAAAGCAACUCCAUGCUCAAUAGCCAAUCUCUCUCAUUUCAAGUCACUACCAGUG